AUGAUGACGGACCGUUCUUGCCUUCGUACUCUAUUGCCCAUGGGCAUGUUCGGUGCGGUGCGAUUUGAUGGGGCGACCGACGGGCCACGUUUAUGGUCGACGUGACUCGACUUGACCUCGUCUGCAUGCUGCUACUACCCUCACUUGGCUAUCCACCACUCUUCAAACCCACAGGUACGGGUUGAGCAAUCGAGACAUCAGGUGAGUAGCAAACGACAAGGUCCUCACGGGCUGCCCGACCCACCGUCCGGAGCGUCGUCACCCUUGUUGUGCACGGUUCUCCUGUCUCAACGGGCGGGACUUCUCCUGUCUACGCACUCCCACUCUUGA